AAAAAGCGCCAGAUAUUUACCAAUAAAUUCCAUCUAUACGGAAUAUUUCUUUUUCACUUCAUCACCCUCCUUGCAAUUUCCGAGUCUCCCUGCCCACUUGAUCUUUUACUUCAAGUUAUCUGAAGAUUUGGUAACUGAAAAUAGCUCUGGGAAGGAGAAUUAUUAUACCAUGAUUGUUGGUUGGGAUGAUGUUGUAAAUUGACUUGCACUACAUUAGAGUCAAUCUCGUCCUCUAGUAAAGAAGGGGAAAUGGAUUUCCAGCACAUUUUGCUGCAAAAGCCGUUCUCUCUCUAUGCUAAUGGGAAGUAGUAACCCUAUUGAUUCCAACAGCACGUAUGCCAUGGAACUUAGUGCACAUUAAUGCAUUUGGUACUCUAAGAUGUUUGACCACGCUGCAAAGUCACAGUACAUCGGUGGACAGCGAGAGAAGUUUGUGAGAUUGGAUGACUUGGACUCAACACUGUCAUCGCCAUCUGCUUCAGUGGCUACAAAUAAAUGUGGCUUUGGCAUUGAAGGCAUAGGGCGAGUUGGUUCUUCAACUACGACUACAUCCAAAUCGUUUAAGAGAGGAAUGAAAAAAGGAUCUGAAGGGCUUAAAUCAAUUGGUAGAUCCUUUGGAUUUGGUGUUUCGCGGGCUGUGUUUCCAGAAGAUCUAAAAGUUUCAGAGAAGAAAAUAUUUGAUCCUCAAGCCAAGUUCCUUCUUCGGUGGAAUAGAUUUUUUGUCAUAUCAUGUAUUCUAGCGGUGUCUGUGGAUCCAAUUUUUUUCUACCUUCCAGUUUUUGAUAAUAAAGCAAACUGCCUGGGCAUCCAUCGAUCAUUAGCUAUCAUAGCUACUACGUUGCGUACGGUCAUUGAUGCUUUCUAUCUAAUUCAUAUGGCUCUUCAGUUUCGAACAGCAUUUAUCGCACCAUCAUCUCGAGUUUUUGGGCGAGGAGAACUUGUAAUAGAUCCAGCUCAAAUUGCCAAGCGAUAUGUGUGGUCCUACUUUAUAAUUGAUUUUCUUUCAGUGCUUCCGCUACCUCAGAUUGUUGUGUGGAGAUUUCUCCAGAAAUCCGAAGGUUCAGAUGUCUACACUACAAAACAAGCAUUGCUUGUUAUUAUUAUUCUUCAGUAUAUUCCGAGGUUUAUCCGGGUUUUACCCCUCACUUCAGAGCUGAAACGUACAGCUGGUGUCUUUGCUCAAACUGCCUGGGCUGGUGCUGUAUAUUAUUUGUUGUUAUACAUGCUAGCCAGUCACAUAGUUGGGGCACUCUGGUACUUGUUAUCUGUAGAACGCAAUGACUACUGCUGGCAGAAAGCAUGCAAAACUACUAGACUUGGAAAAUGCGAAACUAAUUUCUUGUACUGCGGCAAUCAGAAUAUGAAAGAUUUUAAUUCUUGGAGCGGUAUCAGCGAAUCAGUGCUAAAUGCAUCUUGUGGAGUGGGUGUUGAAAAUCCACCAUUUGAUUUUGGAAUUUUUGAGCAGGCGUUGUCAUCGGGCAUUGUCUAUUCAAAGAAAUUCAUAUCUAAAUACUGUUACUGCCUUUGGUGGGGGCUACAGAAUUUGAGCACACUUGGCCAGGGGCUUCAAACAAGUACAUAUCCUGGAGAGUCUCUGUUCUCUAUUGCACUUGCAAUAUUUGGCCUUAUUCUCUUUGCACUCUUAAUUGGCAACAUGCAGACCUAUCUCCAGUCUCUUACCAUCCGACUUGAAGAGAUGAGAGUUAAAAGGCGUGACUCAGAGCAAUGGAUGCAUCAUCGCUUACUUCCACAAGAUCUGCGCGAAAGAGUUAGACGAUACGAUCAAUACAAAUGGUUAGAAACACGUGGGGUGGAUGAAGAGAGUUUGGUACAGAGUCUGCCAAAAGAUCUCAGAAGAGACAUAAAGCGCCAUCUUUGUCUGGCUUUGGUGAAGAGGGUUCCUCUCUUUGAGAAUAUGGAUGAGAGAUUGCUUGAUGCUAUUUGUGAGAGGCUGAAGCCCUGCUUGUACACUGAGAAUACUUAUAUUGUUCGAGAGGGAGAUCCAGUCGAUGAAAUGCUUUUUAUCAUACGUGGUCGCCUUGAGAGCGUGACAACUGAUGGUGGAAGAAGUGGAUUUUUCAACCGUAGUUUGUUAAAAGAAGGGGACUUUUGUGGAGAGGAGCUUCUGACAUGGGCACUGGACCCAAAAUCUGGUUCCAACCUGCCAUCUUCCACCCGGACAGUGAAGGCCUUGAUGGAAGUGGAGGCUUUUGCUCUGACGGCUGAUGAGUUGAAAUUUGUAGCUGGUCAAUUUAGGAGGCUUCACUCUAGACAAGUUCAACACACAUUUCGAUUUUACUCACAGCAAUGGAGGACUUGGGCUGCGUGUUUUAUUCAAGCAGCUUGGCGCCGCUACUGCAAAAGGAAGCUUAUGGAACUUAGAAGAAAGGAAGAAGAAGAAGAAGAAGCAGCAGCGGCAGCAGCAGCUGGGGGCAGCAAUAACGCCGGCGGAGGUUCAUAUAGCCUCGGCGCAACCUUUUUGGCAUCUAGAUUCGCAGCUAAUGCACUUCGUGGUGUCCAUCGGAACAGGAACCUGAGGAGUGCAAGGGAGUUGAUGAAAUUACAGAAGCCACCAGAACCUGAUUUCACUGCUGAUGCAGAUUAAGUUGUUAGUCUGACUGACUCAAUUGGUUAUUACCUCAGGUCCUAAGUACUGACCUUGCAAGCUCGUAAGGGCUAAACAUUGUAUAAUAUGCAAAUAUCACAGGAGUGUUACCGUUAUUGGAACUCCCAACUUAUUUUGUAUUUAGAUAUGCUUGAAGUGACACUAUUUUCAUCUUACCUGUCUUCUUCUAGAGCUUUGAGAAAGGAGAAGUAAUGUGCAUUUUGGGCUUCUUUCUUUU